AUGUCCGCCUAUGGGCAUUAUUGUCGCUACCAUUCUGUAAUAGAUAAAGUCAAUGACUGGGCGAAAGAAUAUGAGGAGCAAGCCUGUUUGCUCAGGAGAGACAGAGGUAUAAAGGCGCUUCUCGAGUGGCCUCUUCGCCGUGAGCUUGCAAGCAGUCGUUCCAGCGGUCGUGAAACACUACCUCCAUCUUCAGUCUGGCGUGUCCCUGAGCUGAUAAGAUGGUGUUUUUUCGCCAACGCUUCCGGCCCUCACGCAAGGCCUACACCUCUCAGUUGUCCUUCGGUGUACCCUGAGGGUGGUCACCGUGGUGGACCUGGUGCCAGAGAACAUCCGGCACUGAUCCACCCUCACUGGAACAACUACCCUCCUGUCAACCCCAUGUGGCACUAUGUGCUUUGUCAACCUCUUGCGUGCUCACAUUGUGGCACUGUGAAGGAGUCAAGCAGAUCUGGUCCGUUAACCUGGCCGCUCAGCGACUUUCCUCAUGCUGAUGACCCACUUCCCUUCUUCACCUACAACUGCUUCAGUGGAGGAGUGUGGAUGUUCCGCGAGACCUUCUGUGAGAUCUACUCCUUCCUUCGUAAGGUCCAGUCUGCAAGAGCAAUACAGACAUUGCUUUUACUACAAACUGUUGACAAUGAAAUUGAAACUACAAACAAGCAUGAAAUUCUAUUCAAGGGAAUCGUUUCUCUGCGAGAACAAGAACUGGUCCUUACUUGUCUGAACCUCCUGCAGGAGCCAUCACUGGUAAUUGCAUCCAUCUGGAACGCCUGUCCCUUCAUCUCCUAUGACCGAUACAACUGA